UUCAUGCAGCAUAAUUUUGUUGUCAUGUUUAUGUUUAUCUGCUGAUUUAAGGUUCUGCAUCACUGGAUGAUGCUAAGUUGCUAACUUCAUUAGAACAUGAAAUUAUGAUCUUCCUAAUCAGUCGUUGUUUUUCGUACUUUCCCGAAGCACAUUAGUACUGUUUGUUAUGGAUUUCGGACGAAGGAUCCUGCAGCUUUCCAACCAGCAGCGCCGUUGCAUCAUCCGCACAUGUCGUCGCUGCUAUGUCUCCAUGAACCUUCCGGCGCUCAAUGCGCGCGGCGUCCUGAGCAAUGUUUUUCCCGAAAUAAAUAAAAAAGUGGAAGAGCGGCUGUUUCGGCGCCAAGGCGCCAUUUAUGCGGGCUUUGAUCCGACAGCUGACAGUCUCCAUGUGGGCAAUCUGCUCCCGCUCAUCGGACUCCUGCAUUUCCAGCGGGCAGGCAUCCGGCCUAUUGUUCUGAUCGGUGGUGCGACGGCCAAGAUCGGCGAUCCCAGCGGAAAGACGGCCGAACGCGAAGGCCUCUCGCCCGACGUCGUACAGCAGAAUAUCAUCGGGAUCGGCCGCAGUAUCGAAACCAUAUUUGCUAAUCACGAAGCUUUUCUAUGGAAAAACCAUAAAGAUGCAUUGCCUUCGGUAUGUAUUUUGAACAACUAUGAAUGGUAUCGGAAUAUGAACGUCGUGGAUUUUCUCGGAUCCAUCGGAAGGCAUUUUCGGAUGGGAACGAUGUUAACCAGAGAAAGUGUACAGACCCGACUGAAGACCCAAUCCAGUAUGAGCUUCACGGAAUUCACGUACCAAGUAUUCCAAGGAUAUGACUGGUAUCACUUGUUCCAGAACUCCGAAUUGGAGUGUUGGUAUCAGCUUGGCGGGAAUGAUCAACUGGGUAACAUGGUUGCCGGUUACGAGAUCAUCCGACGUAAAACUGGAUCUGAUAAACCUUUUUGCUUCACUGUUCCUUUAAUUACCAACGAAGCGGGUGAUAAAUUCGGUAAAACGGCAGGGAAUCCUGUGUGGCUCAACGAGGACAAACUGUCCGCAUACGAGUUUUAUCAGUUUUUCCUUCGACUUCCCGACAGCGAAGUUGAAAAGUUUCUCCGUUUGUAUACCUUUCUUCCGGAAGCAGAAAUUGUUUCCAUCAUGGAAGCCCACAAAGAUAAGCCGGAAUUAAGGAAAGCACAGAAAAAGAUUGCCGAACAAGUGACGUUACUCGCACAUGGAGAAAAGGGUCUGGAUAUCGCUCGAAAAGGCACUGAAGCCUUCUUCAACUCGAAUGCCAUAGCACUGGCCGGAUUGGAUGCGGAGACCAUCGCUACCAUUUUCGGAAAAGCUUUCGUGUCGUAUUUGACCGUCCAUCCCGGAAUGACCGUGUGGGAUGCAGUGAUGAAAGCCAAAUGUUUUGGAAAUGAAGAUGAUGCGCGAAGGAUUAUUGACGCCGGUGGAUUAUAUAUUAAUUAUCGACGCGCACAAAAUCCUCAACAAAUUUUGAUUCCUGGCGAGCACAUUCUCCCUAAUAACAUUACAUUAAUACGCGUCGGCAAGAAAAAUUAUUACGUUAUUCGGUGGAAUACGUGAAUGGUUGAUUGGCGGCACUGUCUGUUUGUUUUUACUUUUUUACAGUUGUUUUGAAUAUCUUUCACUGCAGUUCUAGCAGAACGUCGAAAGACUAGUACUGUGUGAUCUUGCGAAAGAAAAAAGCUGCGAACUUGUCGUUGCUUUCGGAAUUAAAUCCAGAAGUAAAACUAUGCACUGGUUUGUAGUUU